CGUAUAUAUGCAUCACUCGAAUCCCUACACCACCCACCCGUCUCCACUUUACGCGUUCUGACUCUCAACGCGUUCCAGUCAAGCGCGGAUACAGUAGACCUCUGGCGUGUGAAGAACCAUCAGCCUCGACAGCCAGCCUCACAUCUUGGCUCAUAGCCUUUUCUCAUUUGACCCCAUGAACUAAAAGAGAUCUGUUGCACUACUCAUCUAGCCCGAUCUUUCAUGACCCAGCUCUGAUCAAAGCCAACUAAACCGUCAUCGCUUUCGUGAGCCAUGCACAAGUUGCACCAUGGCUACCAUCAAGCAGAUUGAUGGGCGCACGAUCCAUCAAAUUCAGUCUGGCCAGGUCAUUGUCGAUCUCUGUUCCGUAGUCAAGGAACUCAUUGAGAACAGCAUCGAUGCGGAAGCAACUAGCAUAGAUGUCCGUUUCAAAAACCAGGGCCUUGAUCUGAUCGAAAUCCAGGACAACGGGACUGGAAUAUCAUCUGACAAUUACCCAUCCGUUGCUUUAAAGCAUCACACGUCAAAGCUCUCGUCUUACUCGGAUAUCGCUUCUCUCCAAACAUUUGGCUUCCGUGGUGAAGCACUUGCCUCUCUCUGUGCUUUGUCUGUGCUUUCCGUGACUACUUGCCAGGCUUCCGAAGUCCCCAAGGGCUCAAAGCUCGCCUUUGAAACUUCUGGCAAGCUCAAGAGCACAACGGUCGUGGCCGCUCAAAGGGGAACCACCGUCUCUGUCGAAAAUUUGUUUCACAACCUGCCUGUUCGACGUCGAGAACUCGAACGGAAUAUCAAGAGAGAGUGGCACAAGGUCAUCGCGCUCCUCAACCAAUAUGCAUGUAUUCAGACGAACCUCAAGUUCAGCGUAUCUCAACAGCCAACCAAGGGAAAGCGUAUUCACCUCUUCUCCACUAGAGGGAACCCUACCACUCGAGAAAAUAUCAUCAACAUUUUUGGAGCAAAAACGAUGACAGUCUUAGUGCCCCUGGAUUUGAAGCUGGAGAUGAAGCCGUCCACUGUUGGCCAGAGCUUGCAGGCGGGCAUCAGUGCCACCCGCACUUUCGGGGAUGUCCGGGUCGUUGGCCAUGUCUCACGGCCCGCCCACGGUGACGGUCGACAAACGCCAGAUCGUCAAAUGUUCUUCGUCAAUGGAAGACCAUGUGGCCUGCCACAGUUUGCCAAGGUGUUCAACGAAGUAUAUAGAUCCCACAACUCCUCUCAGAGCCCCUUCAUAUUGGCAAAUAUUCAGCUGGAUACAGACAUGUAUGAUGUCAAUGUCAGUCCCGACAAGCGAAGCAUCCUACUGCACGAUCAAAACAACCUUCUCGACACGCUCCGGGACUCUUUAAUGGCCUUGUUUGAUUCACAGGACUAUUCGAUCCCCACCGCCCAGCUUCUAAAACCCCGACAGCAAGAAGCAACACCAACCAUAACAAGCCCCAUACCACCCAAACCAAUUACUCACUCGACAGCCUCCAGCGACGACUCUGGCCAGGAUUCGCAGUCGGAAAGCGAAGCCAGUGAACUCAAAUCCCCUGUUGGCAGGAUUCCUCAAGGAAGAGCGAUAACCAUGGGGAGAUCAAGGUCCCUGGCAAAGGAUGCACACGGCCAAAACUUGAUUAGUCGAUGGGUCGAGAGCAAAACAGGAAGUCGGCCCGCCAACAAACUCAAGUCGCCUUCAGCUGUCCCUGAAGUGCCCGAGAGCCGAGCUAUGGGAAUGGAUGUCGAUGGCCCGUCAAGGUUGACAGAGUCCUCAGACAGUGACGAAAUCGAAAAGCCCAGGCCGGUCAGAGACUUCAACAAAAGACUGGCAGAAUUCAGUACAAGGAUCCCCAGGGUAGUCGAGAAGGCAUCCGUUCCCUCAUCCCCCUCAUCUGAGGAGGCUCUUGGUCAUGAUGAAGCUCAAGACAGCGCUACUCAACCUGUUGAUGAGACGGAGUUAGACUGCGAUGCUGAAGUUCAAGCGCCACCAUUAUUCCGCAUACGGGAUACGCCUGUAGUCACCACCAUGAGCGUAGGUGAUAACAUAGAAACCAGCAGAAUGGAUACAUCACCGGAACCGACUGGCGGAGCUAUUCCUCCAGGACGGGGUACUGUCGAGGAGAGAAGCCCUAGUGAUCACCCAAACCCGUCAUUUGGGAAUCGCCUGACACAAUUAUUUUCUGCCAGUAGGAAAGGGCAGGAUGAGAGUAUUGCUCACGAGAUGCUUUCAGAUGAUGAAGAGCGAGACAACGACGAGGAUGACGAAGAAGAACUUGGCGAAGAAUCUGACAAAAACUCUAUUAAUAUCCGCAGCUCGCCAAAGCAUUCGAGAAUCAAUUCGAAGAAUGCACAACCUAAGAGUAUUGAUAAUGGCACGAUCGACGACAGCGACAGAAUCGAUGAUAGCCCGUCCAGCCCCAAGUCCGAUUCACAACAGGAUAAAGCCGAGGUCGACCCCCAGGAGGUGGAUGAAAGUUCUCAGGUCCCCAAGGCCUCCGCUAGGCCAAGCACGGCAGAGCAGAGAGACCUACCCUUCAAAUCCGGGGUGCGAAAAAAGGACGCCACCUUUCAAACAGUACAGCACCUCCGGAUCGAUGAAAGCACGUUGCGAUCACGAUUGACAAACUGGACUAAAUGUGUCCCAGUCAAUAGCUCACACACCUCAGGCGAAGAUGGAGUGACAGAUCUCAACGCUGAAGAUGCUGAAGAGAAGCUCUCACUGGCCAUCUCUAAGGGGGAUUUUUUUAGAAUGCGGAUUGCGGGACAAUUCAAUCUAGGGUUUAUCAUUGCGGUUCGACCAGCCAAAACCCAGGUGGGGGAUGAGCUAGAACCAGUCGAGGACGAUGAGUUAUUCAUCAUCGAUCAACACGCCACUGAUGAGAAGUACAACUUCGAGAGACUACAAGCGACAACAGCAGUGCAGUCCCAAAGGCUUGUCCACCCGAAACAACUUGAGCUGACUGCUCUUGAAGAGGAGGUCGUGAUGGAAAACAUGGCGGCUAUCGAGGCCAACGGAUUCAAAAUCGACGUUGAUACGAGUGGCGAUGAGCCAGUUGGCUCGAGAUGCCAGCUGGUAGCCUUACCUCUCAGCCGCGAAACAACGUUUACUCUCACUGAUCUGGAAGAGCUGAUAUCACUGCUUGGGGACGAGUCUUCCGAGUCUAAACACAUUCCACGUCCAUCCAAAGUGAGGAAGAUGUUUGCUAUGAGGGCAUGUCGGAGCAGCAUCAUGAUUGGGAAGCCUUUGACAAAAGGUCAGAUGGAGACGUUGGUGAGGCACAUGGGGGAGUUGGAUAAGCCUUGGAACUGCCCACACGGACGACCUACAAUGAGGCACUUGUGCAAGUUGCAGUCGUGGGAUGAGAAGGGUUGGAAGGGCGACCGACAAGCAGACUCUGCAGUGACAUGGCGGUCGUUCGCCCAGGACGAGUAGCCGGACGAUUAUUUCACGACAUCACUUCACAGGUCGACAGAACAUGACUCAAGGGGCAA